AUGGCAUAUGCGGGGAGCAAGGCUCCAGUGUGCCGGAGAGACAGCGCUGCCCCUUCUUCCGUGCGCGUGAACCCGCGGGGCAGGGAGGAGAGGAAGCCUCCGCAGGUCCUCCAGAAGCUGGGCAAGGCUGAUGAGACGAAGGACGAGCAGUUCGAACAGUGUGUCCAGAAUUUCAACAAGCAGCUGAAUGAGGGCACCCGGCUGCAGAAGGAUCUCCGGACCUACCUGGCCUCCGUCAAAGCCAUGCACGAGGCCUCCAAGAAGCUGAACGAGUGUCUGCAGGAGGUGUAUGAGCCCGACUGGCCUGGCAGGGAUGAAGCGAACAAGAUCGCCGAGAACAAUGACCUGCUCUGGAUGGAUUACCACCAGAAGCUGGUGGACCAGGCGCUGCUGACCAUGGACACGUACCUGGGCCAGUUCCCUGACAUCAAGUCACGCAUCGCUAAGCGAGGCCGGAAGCUGGUGGACUACGACAGUGCCCGGCACCAUUACGAGUCCCUCCAAACAGCCAAAAAGAAGGAUGAAGCCAAAAUUGCCAAGCCUGUCUCGCUGCUUGAGAAAGCCGCCCCCCAGUGGUGCCAAGGCAAACUGCAGGCUCAUCUCGUAGCUCAAACUAACCUGCUCCGAAAUCAGGCCGAGGAGGAGCUCGUCAAAGCGCAGAAGGUGUUCGAGGAGAUGAACGUGGACCUGCAGGAGGAGCUGCCGUCCCUGUGGAACAGCCGUGUCGGUUUCUACGUCAACACGUUUCAGAGCAUCGCAGGCCUGGAGGAGAACUUCCACAGGGAGAUGAGUAAGCUCAACCAGAGCCUCAACGAUGUGCUGGUCAGCCUGGAGAAGCAGCAUGGGAGCAACACCUUCACGGUCAAGGCCCAGCCCAGUGACAAUGCCCCUGCAAAAGAGAACAAGAGCCCUUCGCCGCCGCCCGAUGGCUCCCCUGCGGCCACCCCUGAGGUCAGAGUCAACCAUGAGCCCGAGCUGGCCAUGGCCGCUGCGGCCACCCCCGGGGCUGCCCUGCCCAAGUCCCCGUCUCAGCUCCGGAAAGGCCCACCCGUCCCUCCGCCUCCCAAACACACCCCAUCCAAGGAGGUCAAGCAGGAGCAGAUCCUCAGCCUGUUUGGUGACACCUUUGUCCCUGAGAUCAGCGUGACCACCCCCUCCCAGUUUGAGGCCCCAGGGCCGUUCUCGGAGCAGGCCAGUCUGCUGGACCUGGACUUUGACCCCCUGCCACCCGUGGCGAGCCCAGUGAAGGCGCCCACGCCCUCCGGUCAGCCCAUCCCCUGGGAUCUCUGGGAGCCCACAGAGGGUCCAGCUGGCAGCUUACCUUCCAGGGAGCCCAGCGCUGCCGAGGGCACCUUUGCUGUGGCCUGGCCCAGCCAGGUGGCUGAGCCGGGGCCUGCCCAAGUAAGUGCCCACCUGCCAGCCCCCAUCUGCCCUCGUAUCUGGGGGUGUAGCAUGGAAGACGAGCUUAGAGGAGGGAGCACAGGAUGGACACGCUACGUGAGCUGGAGGGUGAAGCCAGGGCCCCGAGCCUGGGCCCCUGUGUUCAGGAUGGCUGGCUCAGAGCAGCCCCUUUCCCUUCCCCAGCCCACCCCCCCAGCCCCCAGCACAGCCUCUCCCAGGGGAGGGAGGAGCAUGGGCACCCAGCCUGGGGCCGGAGCCCAGGAGCCCGGGGACACAGCAGCUGGCGAAGCAGCCUCGAACUCCCUGCCGGCCGUGGUGGUGGAGACCUUCUCUGCAGUGAACGGCACGGUGGAGGGCAGCAGCGGGGCUGUGCGCGUGGACCUGCCCCCGGGGUUCAUGUUCAAGGUGCAGGCCCAGCAUGACUACGCGGCCACAGACACAGACGAGCUGCAGCUCAAGGCGGGGGACGUGGUGCUGGUGAUCCCCUUCCAGAACCCUGAGGAGCAGGAUGAAGGCUGGCUCAUGGGCGUGAAGGAGAGCGACUGGAACCAGCACAAGGAGCUGGACAAGUGCCAGGGCGUCUUCCCCGAGAACUUCACGGAGCGGGUUCAGUGAGGGCAGCAGGGCCGUGGUGCGGCUCUCUGGUGUGUGAAGAACACCUUCUCCCCAAAAUGUGUGUUUUUUUCUUUGUUUUUUUUUUGGACUUUUUGGAAAGCAAAGGGAAAUCGAGAGGAGAGACCUGAGCCACGAGGUGUCUCCCAAAGGAGGUGGUUUUCCGAAGAGCCGGCUCCGGCAGGUUGGGCUGAGUCGCCAUUGUCCGGCGCUGCUGUGCCCCUAGUUGAGUUCUGGCUGCCGCCACCCGCAGCGCCCUUUGGGGUCCGCAACCGCCACGUACCCGGCCCAGGGUGGGCCUGGGGCUGCAGAGCCGCCGCGCUUGCCUGAAGCUUUGGCUGAGCCACUGGGCAAGGGUCCUCCUUUCCUGCCGCUGCUGUGGGUGGGGUCCAGUCUCCCAGACACCUUGGGACCCAGACCUGUCUGGCCUCGCCCUGCCCCGCAGACCGUCUGUGUGCUGUUUGAAAAUAAAUCUUAGUGUUCAAAACAAUGAAACAAACCUGACGAAA